UUUGGCGAAGAUGGGUGCAUAUUAUCGACGUCCACCUGGAAAUGUGCGAUCACCAUACUGGGGACGGAGACCGACUGCCACACGCCCGGAACGGUAUACCGACUCCCAGACUACAACGUCCACGGCAUCUACAAUGACGGCCAGAAGGCCAGCAAAUAGUUUUGUGGUUGAUCUUCAUAUAAUUUCUGACCAAGAGCACAACCAGAAUUUCAAAUCCAAAGAAGACUUGAUUGGCUACUUGGCGAUCAUGGUGAAUGCGGUAACGCUAAGAUAUCUCGAAAUAAAAAUGCCUAGCAUUACAUUCAGGAUUGUUGGAGUGACUAUGAGCAAGGUGAGUCCAACAUAG